UGCCUCAUGAGGGCAUGAGUUUUACAGUUUGAUGGUUAAAUGCGUGCGUGAAGGUUGGAGAGAAAUUCGAGCCGAUUUCGAGUCCUAGUCCUCGCCACAAUAAGUGGGUCAGAAUUGGAAGUGUUCGAUUAAGCCAAACAAACCUGCAGUCGGAACACGCCCGCCGAAGUACAUAAAUAAAACCGGAGAAGCAGACGCGCCAAAUCCGCACACAUACAACAAGGGCGGCAAUUGUUCAUGGCUUUUAAUUGAAGGAGGAAAAGUGCACGAGGUGGUACUACAACCUACGCCGCAGAGCCGGGGAAAAUGUAAACAAUCUGUAAACAAAAACAACAACUAUAGAAGUUUUCCAAAGAUUUCGAUAGCUUUCUACAUCGAUCAAACACACGCAUGAGAUAAACGAAUAAGAACGAACGGAGAAAGCAACAGCAAGCAAAGUGACAACUAUGGGAUACCCUGUGAUCGCGAAGAGUGCAUGAAUUUGACAACGGAAAAGCGCCUUUGCAUCCACGACUGCCGCCUUGUGCUAUAGAAACGUGAUCUCACCACCAACAUUACUCUUAUGAUGGAACUUUUGUCAAACAAUUCGGUUCCGCAACAAAUGGCCAGCAGCAAUGCGCCGAGCGCCAAUGGCGUGGCCAACUCCUCCUCAACGGCCAAUGGUAGUGGCGGCGGCAGCGUUAGCAGCAAUGCCAGCAACUCCUCCGAGCGGCUACUGGCGGGCAUUCUCGAUAGCUUUCCCGCCUGGGAUCUCAAUGUGGGGAUGCUCUCGAAUGUGGGUCAGAGCUCGCCACCACGUACGGACUUCUUCAUCAACAAUUUCUUGGGCGGCCUAGAAACGCACGGCGACUUCAGCAUAGGUCCCAUCGGCAGCGGUGCACGCAGCAAUCCAAAAAUGUCACCCGAAUCAUCAAAUAAUUCGAGCAUUAGUUGCGGCUGGUGUGAGGUGAGCGCCUCAAUACGGUGCUUGGAGUGCAACGAGUUCAUGUGCAACGACUGCCUAAGGGAGCACCGGAACAGUCCUCUGUCCUCCAACCAUUCUAUCGUCUCCCUUCCGACGCCCAUUGGAGCCUCGCCCACGGGCGGGAUCUCCGCGAAUGUGCAUACACCGCCCAGCGGCAACUUUAUUUGCGACAUACACAAUGAGAUGCUGCGCUACGUGUGCGAUUACUGCCGCAAGCUGGUGUGUCAAUGCUGCACCCUGCAUGAGCACAAGGAACACAGCUAUGCGUCCAUUCAGAGCUUUAUGGUCGGGUCUAAGGAGAAGCUGGAGGGCGCCAUCGAGAGCAGCCAGGUGGGGACACGCUGCAUUAAGAGCAGCAUCGACAAGGCGCUGGCCUUUAUCCGGCUGAUCGAGCGCAACUGCAGCGAGCUGAGUGAUAAUAUACGCAAGGCCUUCCGUCAGUUCAUCAUUGCCAUCGAGGAUCGCGAGCGUUUUCUCCUUGACUUUGUCGAGAAGCUGCGCCAGCGCCGCUUGGCCAUUCUGCACGAUCAGAUGGCAGGCUUAAAGUCGGCCCUCGCCGGUCUAUCCGAGACCUCCGACAUGCUCAGCAAGGUGGCGGACAAUGCCUGCAAUAUGGAUCAAAUUGAGAUUGCCAUGAAGUUGACCAAUGGCCAGCGACAGAUGGAGCAGUUUGCCGGCAUCUACAAGGAUUUGCAGCCAAAGCAGGAGGUCUUUGCCUUCGCUCCCCCCGACUACAGUCUGCUGCAGGACAUUCGCAACCAAGGUGGUGUCAUUCUAGUCGACGACAAGAACUUGCCCAUCGUCUCCAGCAGCAAUGGUAUUGUGCCGACCGUCUCUAGCGUGAGUGCCGUUGCUGCCGCUGCCGCAUCUGUGGGCGUUGGUGUUGGCCCAGUUGGCGGUGGAGUUGGUAACGUGGGCGUUGGCAACGGUAUGGACAUGGCCUUUGGCAUGAAUCUGCCUAACAAUCCGCUGAGUGUGGCCUCAACGAAUGUCCGACGUCCCCUACUGCGCGACAACAGUUUCCGUAUCCCGUCGCCCAUCAUGCAGCCGCGAGGAGGCAGUGCCUGCGGCAUGUCCAGUGCCGCUCUGGACUGGGAGCUCAAUGGAUUGCGCAGCUCACCGGGACUCCACUUCAGUGCACCACGAACGACGCAAGCGAUUCCCGGUUGCAUGGAUCUGGUCAAAGUGCGUAACUCAAAUGCCCUGUCGCUGUCGUUUGCCACCGAGGGCCAUGAGGAUGGACAGGUUAGCCGGCCUUGGGGCCUGUGCGUUGACAAGAUGGGCCAUGUACUGGUUUCGGAUCGUCGCAAUAAUCGCGUUCAGGUCUUCAACCCUGACGGCUCCUUAAAGUUCAAGUUUGGUCGCAAGGGCGUGGGUAAUGGCGAGUUCGAUUUGCCCGCCGGAAUAUGUGUGGACGUGGAUAAUCGUAUCAUAGUGGUGGACAAGGACAACCAUCGCGUGCAAAUCUUCACUGCCAGCGGCGUCUUCCUGCUUAAGUUUGGCAGCUAUGGCAAGGAGUACGGCCAGUUCCAGUAUCCGUGGGAUGUGGCCGUGAAUUCGCGUCGCCAGAUCGUAGUCACCGACUCCCGCAAUCAUCGCAUCCAGCAGUUUGACUCGGAGGGUCGCUUUAUCCGCCAGAUAGUGUUCGACAACCAUGGGCAGACCAAGGGGAUUGCCUCGCCACGAGGCGUCUGCUAUACGCCCACGGGCAACAUAAUUGUGUCUGACUUUGACAACCACUGCCUCUACCUGAUUGAUCCUGACAUUAACGAUAUCCUGUCCGUCAAGGGACACGAGGGCUCGGGCUUCCACGAGUUCAAUCGGCCAUCGGGCCUGUGCUGUGACGACGAGGGCCGCAUUAUAGUGGCCGAUUCAAAGAAUCAACGCAUUCUGGUCUUUAAUCAGAACCUGGACUUUAUGUGGGAUAUUGAGGUGCGUCCCUCGAUAAAUCCGCUAAUGCCGCCGACGCUGGACGAGAAGGAUCGAACCUGCGAUGUGGCACUAAUGCCAGACGGUCGAAUUGUAUUCCUCAUUGAACUGUCGCCAGACUCCAAGGAAGGGUCUAACCCUUACAAGCGGUUUGUGCACGUAUUCUAAGUUAGGUUAGUGAGUGUUGAUCUUUUUUAGACCAUUUACACACACACACACACCACAGGAGCUAAGAUCAGAUUGAAAAGAAACAAAGAACAAAAAUGGAAACAGGAGCCGUUCGAUCGAAAGGAUAAGAAUCAGUAGAAGAAAAUUCCGGAGAGCAUGGGAAAAUUAGCGAAAAUUUUUUAGCUUAAGUGCUACAACGAUUACCUCGAUAAUGCUUAAGAUAAAUAAUGGUUACGAUUCUGGUAACUUACACAAUACAACAAUACGAAUUACACAUAUGUAUCUACAGAUAUCUAGAUAUCUACCAGACGCGUAUGCCUAUACAUACAAUAUAUAUAUCUAGCGAAUAUAUAAGAGCAAGCCCCAAACAACCAACUAGAUUGAAAAAACUUCAGAGGAAGCAUAUAGGAUAUAGGAGACAAUUAGCAGUAGGCGAUAGAUAGUCCGAGGAGCAUUCAGGACCUAGUGAAAAGGAUAAAGCAAAAAGGGGGUAAACUCUCGAACCAUUUACUAGAUGAAAAUAUUCAAAUACCUGUUAGUUAGACUGAAAAGGCAGUUUGCUAGCUGAUGGAGAGUGCGUUUUUUAUGGCAUCGUUUGCUUAGCGGAAAGAUGAGCGAGAGAUAACUACUAUAUAGGGGUAUAUAUGAUAUAUGUUCUUUUUUUGUAUAUUUUGGUUCGACAAGAGUUAGCAGACUUUGUGCGGAGUAUGGUAUUGAUGACUGUAUUAUAUUCGUAAUUUGUUUGUCCUUAAACUGUUCUGUUUUUAAAUUAAUUAUUUUUUCCGCGAUAUUUGUAUGUAUUUUAUACUGAUUUCUUAUAUUAUUGAGACUGAGCAAGUGAGUACACGAACUUUGUAAGAGCAAAGCGAAGCAAAACAAAGAAAAAAACAAGUAAACAAUGGAA